GACCACUUCUUCGGUGCGUUCAAAAUGGAGGCUAUUCAUAAGGAAUUAGUACAAGAGGUCGAGAAAUACAGGGCUUUUCAGAAAGACUUCCAGAAAACGUAUAACCUGAGGCAGAAGUUGGACUCCCAGCUAAACGAGAACAACGUCGUCAAAGAGGAGCUGGAUCUUUUGGAGGCGGACGCUGGAGUCUACAAACUAAUCGGUCCAGUGCUUGUGAAGCAGGGUCUCGAAGAAGCGAAACAGAAUGUCAACAAACGUAUUGAGUACAUUGCCAACGAGUUGAAGAGGCACGAUACGCUGAUGCAGGACCUCGAAAAAAAGCAGGAAGCACAGCGCGAAGCCAUUCACAAGCUCGAGCAGCAGAUACAGUCGCAAGCCAGGCCUGGCAUGAAGUGAAUGUUGGUAGCUUUACACGGUGUUUUUUUCUAUUGUCAAUUAAAUUAAAAACAUUUUUGCGAAA